CCAACAGUUUCUGGAAGAGAUCCACCCUAGCCUAGGCCCCUGCCAUCUGCAUCUUCCGUCAUCCUCAUGGCAUGAUAUGGACUGCCCGGUCGCGAAUCCCUGGUGGUACAUAGUUGCCCACCAAAACCUCCCUCGGCGAGCCAACGAGGAAGCGCAUACUAGCAUCGUUCUCGUUGAGCUAUACACCCUGACUUGAUCCUAACUUUCCCGUGCACGCCCGAACUGCGUGCUGCCUCUAUACCCGCCUUGGACACCUCCACGCCAGGGUGAUGCCGAAGAAGAGGCGUUCAUGCCAGUACAACAAGCCACCGUCCACCGCACCAGCGUUGCUCCGCAGCACGGCUGCGAGCAGAAGCAGCAUCCAUCAUGAUGGCACCUCUCAAGGCCGGGGAGUCAACGAGCUGCUUUCCGACCUCCGCCGCAUCGGCCUGAGCGGCAGCGGGCAGCGAACUCCAGAUGUAGUUCAGCCGACAGUCCCGCCGUCCAUCCGGCAGAUCCUCCAGAUCCCCGAGACGCCGCCGCCUCGCCCACGGCGGCCUCUCCGGGUGGGCGCUGCCGGCGCCAGGCUUCCGGCAGGACCGGCCCCACCGAGCAGCUGGCUGUCUGCGUCGGAACGGGCGGAGGCUAAUUCCGUUCAUCGCUGGAGACUUGAAGCCGACGCGGGAAAGGACCGUGAGCAACGCUCCAUGCCGGGAGUUAGCCUGCCUGCACGCAGGAGCCUUGUCGACAUCGUGCUCCGCCAGUUCGCUCGCUCAUGGGAGUGGCAGAAGGAGUAUUGCCGGUACCAUCUGUAUGAACUGCCGGCCCAUCUGCGCGUUGCCCUGAUUGCCUACCUCGCCAAGUACAGCGGCGAGGGCGUAUCGCUUGGGGAUCUCAAGGCUGUCCUGCUCCCACCACCGGACGUGCCGGAGUAUCAGGACGACCCGGCGCUCGUCCCGAGCGUUUGGAACGAGAGCAUCCACUUCCUCGACCUGUCCUGGUCCCUCGGCCGGUCCCUGAAGCUGCGGGAGUUAUCCGACCUGCUCUUCCCACCGCAGCCGGAAUCCAUUAUCGACCCGCAGGAAUCCUGGGACGCGCCAGAACCGCAGGCCGUUGAUAUCCCACGCCCACUGCUCCCCAGCCUGACCCAUCUCUCGCUCGCCUUGGACCCAGCAUCCUCGCAGAAGGUCUCCUGGCGACAGCUGCUCGCCUUCGCGACACACCUCCCGGGGCUGACGCACCUCAGCCUGGGUUUCUGGCCGGAGCCCUGCCUCACGCCCAACGCCAAGCUGACGACGAUAACUUCGCCGCAGACUGGCGCUCGCCUGGCGUGGGGCGGGACCACCGUGUACAGCUACUCGCUGGACGACGACUGGGCCGAGGCCAUCGUGGUGCUGCGGCAGCUCAGCAGGCGCCUGUACGGGUUGGAAUACCUCGACAUCUCGGGCUGUGGCGCGUGGUUUCCGGCGCUGUGCGCCAAGACCGACGGCGGCGACAUGGUGGACUGGGCGGGCGCUUGGGGGAAGAUCACCACGCUGGUGUUGCAUCCUGGGUACCGGCUGCCAGAGGAGGACGUCCAACCGGCGGAGACGGCGCGGUAUUGGGAGAUUGUGGACUACGCGAGAAGGGUGGAGAGGCAUGUUAGGGCUCAGAGGAAGGGGGAGGGUCGGUUUAUCACUGUCGAGACGGACAAGCGGCCGGACGAGUUAUAGCGCGCCGAUCCGUGCUUGGUUCGGGACGGAGGAACGAAGAAUGGAGGAACGAAGAAUGGAUAGCAUGCUUGAUUACCUAAGAACGGAAGAGCGAGACGAUGGAUAGAACGCAAUAGUCAACCUUGUCUUACUGUUGGAGACAUCCAAGUUGUCAUACC